AGCAAUCGAGAAUCGGAAGCACGCACGGUUUAAAUACAAAUGUUCCACUUGAAUCAACUUUUGCGGAAUGUUUCAGGAUUCAAUCCCACAACGCUCCGGAAUGCCCUGAAAGCGCAACGCCAUUUCGGUAGUACAACACAGGAAAAAUUGCGCCGCGUGCUGGUGGUGUCGAAGCUGACGCGCCUAGAGUUUGAAAAGAUCCGCGAAGAGCAGCUGAGCGAUGAGUGUUUGGAGCAGAAGAUACGCGACCGUGGCACCGAUUACGACGCCAUCAAGUACUACCACCAUCUGCACAAGGACGUCGAGCGGAAGGUGGUUCGGUCGUUUCAGCAGCGCGGCAUCGAAGUACAGGUAGUGAACCGCAUCACCAUACACAAGGAUGCGCUACAGUGGGCCGAUCUGAUCGUACCGAUCGGUGGCGAUGGUACGUUCCUGCUCGCAGCUGGCCGUGCUAGUCCAUUCUUUCUUUCGAAUGGGAAGAAAACGCCAGUCGUGGGUUUUAAUUCGGAUCCACGCCGCUCGGAAGGACGACUUAUGCUGCCAAAGCAAUACUCGGCACAGGUGGAUGAAGCAAUCCGGCGUAUUAUAGCGAAAGAUUUCCGAUGGAUGCAUCGGUCGCGCAUCCGGACAACGCUUGUCGGAGCAGCCACAACCGAACGUCCAUCGCCAAUGGAUUUGCACGAAUUCCACUCCCAACCGGUCGAACACAAGGAGGUGAUGUCGACUGCACCGAACGGUAAAAGCCGUAUUCUCCCAUAUCUUGCACUGAACGAGGUUUUUAUUGGUGAAAUGCUUUCGGCCCGCGUAUCCCAUCUUCAUCUGCGCAUCGAUAAUUCCGAAAUUGUAACCAAAACGAAAAGUUCCGGCCUGUGCGUAAGUACCGGCACCGGAUCAACCUCAUGGCUCACGAGCAUGAACCGUCUGUCGACGAACAAUGUGAAAGAUCUGCUGGAAAUAGUACGGAAACGUACGGCCGAGCGCACCCUGGACAACAUCGAUCCCGAGUCCGUGUCUCAGGAGUACAACGAUAAUCUAGUGUUUGCGCCCGACGAUCCGCGGCUGUGCUACUCGAUACGGGAGCAGAUCUGUGUCGGUGUGUGGCCGAACCCGAAGGGCUUGGAAUCACGCGGGUUCGCCAAAGAAAUCUUCGUCAAAUCGCGCUGUGUCGAUGCAAGUCUCGUGAUAGAUGGUAGUAUUGCGUACAACUUCAACGAUGGUGCCCGUGCCUUGCUGGAAGUGUAUCCGGAGGAUUCACUCCUGACGAUCGAUAUGGAUGACUGAGCGAGUGAGCGAGGAAUCGCCGGAUA